AUGCAGACAAGUGCCCAGGCCACACCAUCGGUGGAACGGACAGACCCGUUGCAAACCAUACGGACAUCGGAGAGCAUCAGGAGAAGCCCCGCGUCCAACACAAACGAAAUCGACCGCCCGCCCCCGCAAGGUCAUCAGAAACUCGUCUUCACCGAUCCUGUCGCCCUCCGCUACCUCGAAGAAGAUCCCUCGACCGAUGUGCUACACCGACGGGAGACGCUGCAGGGCUAUGAGAUCUACAUUGUUGAGCAGUGGGCUUGCUCGCGUGUGCAUCCUACGUUUGUUAUCUCGACUUAUACCGGUGAUCCGUCGCAUACUGUGUUUGUUGGGGUAUUAAGUGUUCCGACAAAUGAGGCUACAUGGUCGCCGCGGCUGCGAAUGUACUUUGAUGCUAUGAAACAAUGCCACGCGCGAAAGAAGGAAACCCCACUAGGCACUGUUAUGGUUACGAAUCUGAGCUCGUUCCCGUCUGCUUUGAGUGUUAUUCCUGUUCCUGGUGGCGAUAUCAAAAAACAUCGGGAGGAUUUUAUUGUUAAUGAGGACUUGAAGAGACUCGGUUGCGCUGGUCGCGCGGGCCUAAAGCUUCAAGCUCCGUCGGCUGCGACCGAGGCCAAAUUUCAUCAGUUGUACCGAACGAGUGAACGGGUUCCACUAUAUGCUGCAGUCAUGGAAUUGGUUAAGCAGUGCCAGAUCGCUCUCAUGGUGUUUGAUAAGCUCGCCCCGGAAUACGUGGACGGGCUUCUUUGCGAUGUGACUGAAGCAGCCAUCAGCGAUUGGUGGACGGACAUAGGUACGGAUCUGUACAACAUUGAACCGAGCGACAGUAACUUGGGACCGACAAGUGUGGCUGCUUUACUGGGGACGCUUCUUGGAGCGCGAAACCGUCUGCAUGCAUAUGGUGCCCCGGUGGGCAAAGAUGCAUUCGACUUUGCCAACCUCAAGAGGGGCAUUGGCAGUUUUCAAAAAUCCCAGAAAAUGAGGAAGUCCCGGCGAUUGGACCGUCAUACAUUGGACCGGUUACACCGCGCUACGGCCAAGGCUGCCAAUUCCGAGGGCUGGACCGAUGCGGUGAAGUCGACCAUGGCGGAACUCAGUGGCCAAGGUGGUGAAAUGGUCAUGGGGAUGGUUCGUGGGCGUGACAAGGGUGGCAUUGCCGAUAUUGAAACACUUGAUCUCGACACUUUUGUACAGUGUUGCAAUGGAGAACGAGCCAAGUGGUUGUGGUUGGGUAGACCACGCAAGAGUGGGUUUGAAGAUGGCUUCACGCGUGGGACUGGCUCGGACAUGAUGUUUACGACCGAUGAACAGGGUGGUUAUGUCUGGACCAGUCGCAAGAAUCAUUCGACAGACGAUAUGCAUGAGCGACUUAGCUCCACCUUUGAUCGCCCUUGGAAGAUACCAGAGCCCCCAGUCGUUGAAGAAAAAGAACAUCGCAAGAAGGGUGUUAGCGGACGUGUUUCAGAUGCUCGCGCAGGCUUGGGACGUUUCAAGGAUGCAGUUGGUCUACAGGGCCUCCGCUCGCAUCACCAACAACAGUCCCGAGAAAGUGCUGAGUUGACACACGAUGCUGCCUACCGCCCAUCGAUUGACAGCGACUCUGAGAUGCCCAUUGCAAAACCUCGGACCGACUCUGGUUUCCGAUCUUCAGAAACAAAGACCGGGACUGAAAUGAAAGAUCCUAUAGGGGAGGAGCAAGAAGAGAAGCCUUCUCAACUUUUGCCCAUCCCCGACUCUGCAGAGACUAAAGCUCCAGAAAUCCAUAUCGAGUCUGCACCACCCACUGUUGAAUUUGAUACACAACCCCAACCUGAUCAGCUUGCACCACACCCCGAAGUCAUUGACGAGGAGUCUGAUAUGGAGCGCGUCAUGUCUCGAUCAACAGCAGCAUCAAGUGAUCGCGAUCGUGAAGGCUCAGUCAACGGCUUUGCUAUCAUGGCUCUACGGCGACCACAAAGCAGCGAAGAUUUUCAAAUAAGCGAAAGGGAAAUCGAGCGGCGAGACAACGACUGCGCGAGACACCUAUCAUUCAGCACGGUCGAAGAAGUGGUACUCAAAUGGGAGCCAAUUGGCAACAAACCAGUGAUCAAAGAAACAGACAACCUGGAAGACUCUAUCGCUCAAGAAGACAUGCUCGCCUCUGAGGGACGUAUCUUCAGUUCUCGGAUCCUAGAAUUGAGCCAGCACACCGUGCCAUGGGUUGAGCGGCAAGUCGACUCCGUGGAUAGUCUCAACCAAGUCCUUUACGACCGCCAUGAAGAACUCAACUCAGUCUACCUGGAACGAUUCGCCGAUUACCAGAGACUAAGAGAGCGAUCCAGUGACAUUCUCCUGGAUGAAAACCACCACCUCACUGAUGGCGUGAAGCGCGUUGAGCUUUUAGGCGCCAAACUGGAUUACGAACUACACGUCCUCGAGUCCAAAGUCGAAGACAUGGAAGCCGGCCUGAGUGACUUCGAACGUCACAUUGUAAAUAUCGAGACGAGAAUCAAAGCCCUGGUCAAAGGCGAAGCACAACACAGCAUAACCUGGACAACCUGGCUAGCCCGCACUAUGGGCUUCUCACCCCAAUGA